UCGUAAUUAGAACAGCACCCCGCUUGCUCGCGAGACGUGCCCCAAUCACAACCAUGGAGGGCGUCCCUCUGCUGGGCGUCGAGCCACCGUCCCGACCUCUGGCUUUCGUCACACGCCAGGCGGCGCGCGAGGUCAGCUUCCGUCGACGCCUGCUGUCCAGCACCAACGAGCUUCGACGCUUCGCGGCGAGGCUCACCGCUGCAGCAGUCAUAGUCAUGGCUACUCUCUACUUCACCGUCGCCAGCAAAUCCUAUGAAGGAAAUGUCAAAUCCGCGCGCGGGACUGGCAACAAGUCGCGCAUGCUGUUCCUGGAGACCGGGCACGCGUUUGACGUCACCGGCCGCUUCUCGUGCGCCAUCGAGUCCGCGGCGAGGCACCACCCCGGUUGGACCGUGAACGUGCUCGCCGCGGUCGGCACGCCGAACAGCACCGACGUCUGGCUGGACGGGCCUUUCAGGCAGAUGCUGGGCCGGUUCCCCAACGUGGCCUUUGAUAGCGUGCAGGUUGCUGAUGUGAUCCGGGGCACGCCGCUGGGCUCGUGGAGUCUGCCGGACCCUCUCAAGGACGGCCCCGGCGUCAACGAGCAACUCUCAAACGCGCUGCGCUUGGCGCUUCUCUACAAGCGAGGCGGCGUCUAUCUCGACAAGGACACCGUGGUCAUGCGGCCACUCCAUGGAUUCGACGCCUGCCUAUCCCAGACGUCGCUGCGCAAGGGCGACUCGGUGAGCAACAGCUUCCUGUUCUUCGAGGCGGGCCACUCGUUCGUGCGCGACGCCAUGAAGCGUAUCGCCAGCGACCACCACCCGGACGUCAAGUCGUCCCUGGGGCCGCCGCUGCUGCACGACGCGCUGCUCGAGCGGUGCGGCGUCGCCAGCGUGGCGCCUCUGGCCGAGGCCGGCCGCCGAUGCCGGGGCGUGCUCGUGCUGCCGUGGCACGUGCUCAUGCCGGUCGCGUACACGGCCUGGCCCUCGCUGUUCGCCGCCGAAGGCGCCGACGCGAACUCGUCGCGGUGGGAGGCGUGUCGGCACAGCCACGCCAUGUGCCUAUACGGCAAGCUGAGCGCCCGCAAGAAGGCCGAGAAGGAUUCGCCGUACUGGCGCGCGGCGUCCGAACACUGCCCGCGCUCGCUGGAGAUCUCGGUCGACGUGGCCGGACGGUUCUGACGCUGAGUGCGAGGACGCAUUUGCCCGGUCGAAGAAGCUCGCACAGUCAACCGCAAAAGUUUACGGGACGCUGGAUCCUGCCAAGAAGCUGAAUUCUCGCAAAGCGUGGUCACACAGCCUCGAAUUAAAUGUUCCUGCAUGUAGUAGCCUUCGCCACCUACACAGUGAUUCAUUAAAUACGAUGUGUCAUGCCUUAACAGUGCAGGAAUUCACGUUUGAAGAGGAAACCGCAUCCCGUAAACUUUUGCUGUUGACUGUACAUUCACGACCAUACGGAUGGCAUUUCCAACUGAUUUUUAUAUAAGGGGGCAUGUAUAGGCACACUAAUAUGUACAGACAGAGGGAGGCACGGGUAGUUGGAAGACGAAUCCCAGCUCUUGAGACAACUAGAAAUCGAAAAAAAAAGAACUUGCUUCGGAUGACAUUUGCAUUUUUUUUUAUGUUUCACGGUGGCUGAUUCGUUCGUUUGCGCAAUACGUAAAUCAGUUGGAUGUGCCGCCUUCGUGGUCAGUAGUGUUCGUGCUUCUUUUUGUGUGUAGUGUCCUUUAGCGGCCAAAUGUGUCUUUCAGCAAGUACCAAGCAGUCCAAGAAGGAGUUCUUGGUUCUCGCGCGAACGUCCUUGACACCGUUCAUAUUUUCAAUGGGUCUUUAAGCUGCUUGCGGUUUCGCAGAUGAACCAAAUGCCCUACUUGUUCAUUUUCCUGUUCUUGUUGUUACCAAUGUUCAAUUGGCUCAGUAUUACAGCCCGAGCAAGUCAACGUUUCAAUAUCGUGCUUAUGGUUUCUCAACGCAAACCAAAGGAUAUACAGGCCCAUUUUUUUGUUUUGCUA